AUGGCGAUGGCGGUGGGAGGCAUGGGCGCGGGCGACUUGGCAUGGUGGCUGGGCCUCGUCCUCGGCGCCGCCCCGCUGCUCUGCCUCGCCGUCUGGCACUCCGCCGACGCCUGUAUGUCCAUGUCGACCUUAGUUUACUCCUUACACUGGAAUUACAUUGGACAGGUGACGUUCGCCAACAUCUGCAAGAUGUUUAUAAGCAUGGAGCCGUCGCCAUUGACGUGCCAGAUCGACCAGUGGUUCGGCGGCUUGGUUGCUGGCCUCCGGGCAUUUCCCUUGGAUUUUCCAGGGACGGCAUUUCAUGGUGCUCGCAAGUGCCGUCGGAAGCUCAACGCGGUCUUCAGGCAGGAGCUGGAGGCGAGGAAGAAGGUGGACAAGGAGUGCGACGAUCUGAUGAGCGGGCUGAUGCACAUGGAGGACGAGCAGGGGAGGAAGCUGAGCGACGAGGAGGUGGUGGACAACAUCGUCUCCCUCGUCGUCGCCGGCUACGAGUCCACCGCCAGCGCCAUCAUGUGGGCUACCUACCACCUAGCCAAAUCCCCCGCCGCCCUCGCGAAGCUCCGAGAGGAGAACGUGGCGCUGAGCGAGAGCAAAGCCGGCUCACCGUUGAUGAUCACCCACGACGACCUCCCGAAGAUGAAGUACACGGCGAAGGUGGUGGAGGAGACGAUCCGGAUGGCCAAUAUCGCGCCAAUGCUGCACCGCGUGGCCAACAAGGACGUGGAGUACGGCGGGUACAUGAUUCCGGCAGGGUGGUCGGUGCUGGUGUGGGUGAGGUCGCUGCACACCGACCCCAGCUUCUACCAGGAUCCCCUCACCUUCAAGCCCGAUAGAUGGGAUGAGCCGGCGAAGCCAGGGACGUACCAGGUGUUCGGUGGCGGCUACAGGAUAUGUGCCGGCAACAUGCUCGCUAGGCUGCAGCUCACCAUCAUGUUGCAUCACCUCUCCAUUGGAUACGAAUGGGAGCUGUUGAAUCCGAAUGCGGAGAUCGGUUACCUUCCACACCCAAGGCCGAUGGACGGUGCAACCAUGGCCUUCCGUAAGCUCAAGACCAGCGCAUGA